AUGGACGCCUGGGGCAGUGUUGAUGCUCUAGGGGAAAUUCUGAAGAGUAGGGAUGCAUGGCGCGGCUACGAACUCGCCGACGACACGCGGGUGCUGCUCCUCGGCCACUCGAAUGGCGGCCAAGGGGCAUGGUGGAACGCGGCGAGGUACCCGGAUCGAGUCGCUGCCGGUAUGUUUGUUGAGUUCUCGCCCUCGCCAAUGCCGCGAUUGCAUUCACUGAGCAUACCAAUCGGUGCAGUCAUCCCGGCGGCGGCGUACCUCAAGUCGCAGGCAUAUGUACCCUCAUCCAGUCUCAGUAACGAGGCGGGCUUGGCUACAUCUGUCGGCUUCGGGCCGAGCCCGGAUAGCUUCACCUUGACUGUCUCCAUACCUGCUGAGAGCGGCUCGCUCACGGAUGGCGGAUCCACCAACUGCUACAUUGGAAGGCUUACGGUCGUACUGAGCGGGACAUCAAUCGACGUCCGCACGAACAACGUCGCGGUUCACAACGCAGUGCAUUUCUCACGUGAGGAUGGUACAUGGAAGUACGUACCCACUCCGAAUACGCCUCCGCAAGACCUUUCCUCCAAGCUCCUCUCGGCAACGCUACGCCUAGCCUCUGCUCUCGACGGUUACCACAAGCUUGAUGCGGAGAUCAUUGACGACGCGGAGGCCUCUCUGCUCUCGCAAGAGCGCACAGCGUUCACCCUCGAUAACAGGACAUUACUUCUGAGAGGCAAGCCCUGGGAGCGAAGUAGGAUGGAGAGAGGCCUCCGGCUCUUCCCAUUCGUACAGGCGUGCCAAUCCCCAUUGGUUGUAAUCACAGACCAUGCGGACAAAUGAGAGCGGGAGGAUAGAAGGACGGGGUGAGUGUCACUGCUCUCUUGUAGACUGGGACUCGCUCAAGUGUCUGAAUUGAGCGUAUGGGGAAACACCUGGAGCUGGAAUGAGGGAAUGUCCGCCUAUUGACUCAUUAUUGAACGCCUCAACCGCUGUACUUUCAAAGUUCAGCAGAUAUACACCCGUGAAAGUUGCGGAUCACAUGCCUCUGGUCUCAGUCACUGCUAGCAUGACACACCGUAGUGCGAAAGAUUGGCCUUGAGCUAGCAGCUAUGGCAUCCUCCGUCCUUGCUACAAGUCUCAUGGUGACCAGCUCAUCCCUCGUCUUCUGAACUCCUUGGCCGUCUGAUGAUCUUGCAGAAGCCUCCGUGUACCCUCGCUCAGACGUCGUCAAUGCAAUCCAUGACGCGCUCAACGUCAUGGAAAGUUCCAAAGUUAGCACAAAAGGCC